UGGCCCGUGCACCAACGUACUUCUCGAAUCACGUCGCCUUUCAGAUAGCAUUGAAUCUCUCUAGAGUCGAGUUCUUGAUUUGUUACCAUUGAUUUCAGGUGCAUGCGUCAAACAUUCGAUACAAAACCUCAACUGCUCGCUAAAGCGGUCCUUACCUUUGCGUGUCAGUCUAUCACGAGGCCCGGAUUGCUGAGGUUUGAACACCAGACGCCAGUGUUCCUAUCCUCUCUUCGUCAUGCAGACCAACUACUUCGUCUGCACCCUUGGUCAAGCCGCCACCUUGAAUCGUCAGCCGAACCCUUACACGACGAUUGGGCAAUUUGUAGAUUACCAAGCACUACACAAUCCCUACAUUUCAGCCGUUGGAUUUCCUGUACCCCGACCACAACAGAAUAAAUGGAGCUACAAGGUCCUCACUUUCGCGGAUGUCGCACGAGGCGUGAACGUGCUUGCAGAAAAACACCUGCAAGCUUUGGGCAGAGCUCCAGAAGCUCCAGAAACAGUAGCGCUACUCUGUCACAGCUCGCCUGAAUUCCUAUUCACGUGGCUGGCAUUGAUGAGACUAGGUUACUCAGUACUACUGAUUGCACCUCAAUGCCAGCCUGCCGCAAUAUUACAUCUUUACAAGUCUUGUCAAGCAUCUACCUUGUUCUAUGAUAUCGCACACGCAGAGCGGGCAGAACAAACUUCUUCUUUGGCGAAAGAGGAAGAUGCGGCUGGUUUCGAUUCACGGCCACUGCUUCUGCGUGAAGGAGAAGAUAUCUACGAGGUCAUCAGUGAGGCAGUGCAGACCAGCUUCAAAACGCCGACUUUAGAUGAGACCGCGGUUGCCUAUCUACACCACACUUCUGGAACCUCAUCUGGUUUACCAAAGCCCAUACCACAGUCCCAUCGAGCAGGCUUAGGCGUCCUUCCUCACCUACCUACAACUCCAAUGAAGUCAACGUUCACCACAACGCCUCUUUACCAUGGAGGAAUUGCUGAUUUGUUCCGGGCAUGGACUAGCAAUUCUCUGAUCUGGUUGUUCCCAGGCAAGGAUGUACCCAUCACAGCUAGAAACAUUUGCAGCAGUCUGGAAGUGGCAGAGUCCCAUGCAGCUUUUGAAGGGAAUCCGGGCGUGAAGUAUUUUUCAUCAGUGCCAUAUGUGCUGCAAAUGAUGGAAUCUGACGAGCACGGUUUGACUUAUCUGCAAAAGAUGGACAUCGUCGGUGUUGGAGGCGCAGCGUUGCCAGCGGAGGUGGGUGAUCGCCUUGCAAAGAGCGGCGUGAAUCUCAUCUCACGGUUUGGAAGUGCUGAAUGCGGCUUUAUCAUGUCAUCCUUUCGCGACUUUUCAGCGGACAAGGACUGGCAGUACUUGCGGAAUUACAAUCCAGAGAAGCUGUUGAGCUUCGAGUCGCGCGAAGACGGCCUUGCCGAGCUUGUAAUCAAGCAGGGUUGGCCUCAUAUGGCCAAACAAAACCGUUCAAACGGAUCAUUCGCAACCGCAGAUCUAUUCGCUCCACAUCCCUCAAUCACAGAUGCUUGGAUAUACAACUCUCGUGCCGACUCCCAGCUAACUCUCAUCACCGGUAAAAAGUUCGAUCCUGCGCCACUCGAGGACGCCAUUGCCACAUCACCCUACUUGGGCGACGUUCUGAUAUUUGGUACCAAUCGGCCCUAUCCAGGGGCACUGUUACUCCGAUCCGAGAAGGGCGGCACAAUGACUGAUCCUGAGCUACUCGAUGUACUCAAGCCUGUUGUAGAGAAGCUCAAUCGCGACAGCCAGGACCACGCCAGAAUCCCUCACGAUAUGUUGGUACCUCUACCGUAUCAAGAACCACUCGAGAAGAGCAGUAAGGGAACUCUUAUCCGUAGAGCGGCAGAGGCCAGGUUUGAGAACACUAUCAAUCGUGCUUACGAAGAACGAGACUCGCCCCAAUCGACUGACGUAUCUGAUGAGGACUUGCCGCAACACCUCAAAGGCCUGAUACAGACCAUUACAUCUCAGUCCGCAGAACUGACGGAUGAUAUGGAUCUAUUCUCGUAUGGUGUUGAUUCCAUUGCGUGUAUGCAGCUACGAUCACGACUGAGAGGGCUGAUACCGGAUUGCGAUAAACCACUGCCGAUGAGCGUUAUCGAGGACUGUGGUUCAAUCCAGCGCCUAACGAAUUACGUGUUACAAAAGAGACACGGAGAGUCUGGUGUCUUCGAAGAAGAUGAAGAACAACUCAUGCUAGACCUCGUCAAACAGUAUGGCUCUUUCGAAGAUAGUCCGCUACAGCCUGCUACAAAUGGACAGUUGGGGAGUAGCAGAUCUCGGGACGUUGUGGUGUUGACUGGAGCCACCGGUGCUCUCGGAGCACACAUCUUGGAUUUGCUCCAGAGAUCUGAGUCAGUUGAGACUGUGUAUUGCCUUGUGAGAGGAGCAGACGAAGACGAGGCUAAAAAGCGAGUGAAUAUGGCACUCGAGCAAAGAGGUUUGAUGAACCUGCUCGUGUCGGAUAGAACCGAUGCAAAAGUCAAGGUGAUACCAGCGCAGCUCGGCGACGAACGCCUUGGCUUGAGCGAUUUGCUCUAUGAUCAGUUAGCGGAAAGAGCAACCUGCAUCAUUCACGUGGCGUGGACGGUGAAUUUCCGCCUGAAGCUCCGAAGCUUUGUCAAAGACAACAUAGCAGGUGUCAGAAACCUGCUCAAUCUCGCGUUGAGUGCGCAACGUUCGAGCCCUCCACGCUUCGCCUAUUGUUCGUCCACGGCCGCGGUCAUGAACAGUGAAGUAGAUCAGUCCGGCGGCUGGCCCGAAAAGCUUCUACACGACCCUUCUUCAGCAUCUCCGCUUGGCUACUCUAGGUCAAAGUGGGUCGCAGAGCAUAUCUGUGCUGAAGCUGAUAGCCGGACGAGUCUUCGCGGUCGGAUUGCUGUCGUCCGUGUCGGGCAGCUUGCAGGAGACUCGAAGUCUGGGGUAUGGAACACCAAGGAGGCAUGGCCAAUGAUGUUGAGCACUGCAAGCAUUAUCAAAUGUCUACCUGAUCUAAGCGAUGAAGUUCUCGAUUGGUUACCUGUUGAUGUUGCGGCACAAGCUUUCCUAGAGUCAACAAGGAAGGAGAACUGCAAUCAGACGGAGAUACCGGUAUAUCACGUCUUGAAUCCGCAUCGUCAGCCGACUUGGCACGAUAUGCUGCUCUGGUUAAAGCAAAAGGCGGACUUUGAGAUCGUCUCGCCGCAAAACUGGCUGCAGCGGUUGGAGGAAAGUAACACUGAGCAUUCAGCAAAGAAGUUGCUAGGUCUGUGGAAGGAAGCGUAUGGUGACGGUUCGCAAGACACUUCGUCAAGGAGACCAUAUUUCGCCAUGGAGAAGAGCAAGGAGUGUAUACCGGUGUUAAGAGGUAUAAAGCCGCUUGACGAGGCCUACUUACAGAGGGUGUGGGAGUGGGUGCAAGCGAACGUGCGCUAAUCAAAACGCAUGUGUCGGUGGUGGGUCCACAUACCGCAAAUGCUGACCGGUGAUUCAACUUUCAAGAGUGUGAGCUAACGGCGGGCGAAAGACGGACGCAGUAGCAAAUCUUGAAUUUGCUAGUCGGCCACCCGAACAUUACAAAUUGCUGUCGUUUCCUUGAGCAGACUAGUUGAUGGGCCCUUCAUUCAGCGACAUCUUCACGUAUGCACAACAGUCUCCAAUUGGGUCCAACCGACUAUCUCGCAAAACGCAAAACCGGACAAGAGGGGCCAGUGGUUUUAUUAUAAUGUUUCCCUAGUUGGAGCAUAUGUGUUCAACUGGAAGUAAUCAAUCACGAUUUCACCGCACUUGCUCGGAUACAGUGAAUCAGUCUCGCUCGAACGUCAGUGAUGUGGCACAG